GAAAGAGUGAAGAGAUACAUGCUGAAGUUGUUAUUUUAAAGUGCCUGGGUGUUACAGGUUCUAGUUUAAUUAGACUGUAAAGAAUAGAACUUGAUGCAAGUAUAAUUUCUGACUUGUUUUUUCACCCACAGAGAUGGAGUUUGCUUGCAGUCAUGUUGUGUGUAACUGGAGGUCUGAGAGCUUAUCAGAAGAUGAAGCUAAAGUCUCAAAUCAAGGUUGUGCCUCCACUCUUCCCUGUGGUCUGUCCAGAGCUCAGUCUGUCUCCGAUCAUCCUUACGACAACCGCGUUACCUUUGUUCAGAAACCAGCUCCAUCAAUGGCUCCACCACCUGUACCGCCCCGUAACAUACAAAGGAGAGACACUCUGUUUAGCGCUCUCCCACCCCCAUUACCGCCGAGAGGUCUGGAGAAUAAUGGAGAGACUCACCUUAAAGCUAAUGUAAAUGUGGUGUCGCUAAAAGUGGGAAGCCUCGUGGACAUUAGUAAAGCAUCUUCCAUAAAGUGCAGCCAAAAACCAGUGUGUUGUGGGAAAUGCAAUGCUGUCAUGUCCUCAGCAAGCAGCCCAGUGACACACCAAAAAACAAUAAUAUGGAGCUGUGAGUUUUGUGGGAAGAAGAACGUUUACCCCCAGACUACACUGAAGGGAGGCCGGUUUCCUUUGCGCAAUCCUCCAGGCAGGGAUAUACUUUAUGUGGACGACGAUGAGGACACAGAGUAUGAGAAUCUCGAUGACAUGCUUAUUGUCCUGUGUGUGGACAUUUCCGGAAGUAUGAGCGUCACUUCUGAGAUCUCUCCCGGUAACAGCAUGCGAUCGCCCACAUAUGUUUCACGACUGCAGGGAGUCCAAGAAGCUCUUCAUAUGGUGCUGUCCUCCCUGCAGAAAACCUCAUCUCACCGAAGAGUGGCACUGGUGACAUUUAACAAUGAGGUGACAGUAUAUGGUGAUGGUACAAAGGUUCCUCUCACUCUGAGAGACUGGGCACUGGUGGACUAUGACUAUCUGAAGAAGGAGGGCGAGAACUACAGCACCCCUCACUGCAUUGCAGAGACUAUCCAACCUCUCACCCAGAAAAUCAAAGAACUCCGAGAACAUGGAGCCACAGCACUGGGACCUGCUGCCCUCAUCUCUGUUGCCAUGGCAUCUCAGUUCACAGGGUCAAAAGUUAUCAUUUGCACAGAUGGGCAGGCCAACAUAGGCCUAGGCCAAUUAGAUCACAAGUUUUCCCAUUGCCCCGCCCCCUCGCCUUAUUUUUACAAUCAGUUAGCCCAUUAUGCUGCUGAAAAGGGUGUGAUAGUGUCCGUGAUGACCUUUGAAGGAGAGGACUGUCGUUUGGCAGAGGUUGGGAGAUUGGCUGAUCACACAGGAGGCAGAAUAAAUAUUGUUAAUAUUGGUACAGUUGCCACUGAGAUCCAGAGCGCUGUAGCUGACAAUGUCCUAGCAACUAGUGUCAUGGCAACACUGCUGGCACCAGAUGGCAUGUACUUCCCAUAUGAGGAGGAUAAUCAUCGGUUAGUACGAGAGAUUGGCAACGUAACAGAUGGUGUUGAGAUCACCUUCCAGUUUGCAGUCAGACCAGAAAAAGUUGAAAGUUUCCAACAACGGGACCGUGUCCCUUUUCAGCUGCAGCUGAGUUUCAAGACUCGAGAUUUGCAGAAAGUGACGAGAGUCAUCACUCAACAGAAACGAGUCACCAUCAGCAGCUGGGUGUGGGCAGGCAGUUUAAAUAUGUCCGUAUUGGGCGUUCACUGUGCCCAGCUGUGUGCCAGGCUGACUAUGGAGGGCCGAGUACAGGAAGCACAGAGACAACUCAGAGCUCAACAGGACCUUCUCAAAGACAUCAGUCAACAGAAGCCGAGUCCUAAAGAAGAGAGUAUCUAUGGGAACUGGAUUAGUACCAUGAGUAUGAUCUGUGAAGACCUCACCACUGUCAACAAGAACACAACAGAAACUGACACCAAACAAGCAUCCCGAACAUCUUCCACUGCGAGUCUCUCAGAUGCGGCAGCCAAGGUGGUCUACCAAAUGAAGAGAGCGAAGAGCAUGAGUGGAAAGGCACAGAGAGUUGCCAUGAUGGAGAACUGAGCUCAGAUGCCAUCAAGACUAGUGAGCAGUCGUUUUAAGUGUCAUGUAGGCUGUUAUAUCAAUCUCAAACUGUGGACAAUGAAUACUGCUUGGAAUAUAUGCAAUAUAAAAUAUAUGCAAUCUAUGAGUUGAUAACCUAGUAUCCAGCUGGUGAGCUGCUUUCAGAAUCAGAAAGAGUUUUAUCAGUCUCAAACUGUGGACAAUGAAUACUGCUUGGAAUAUAUGCAAUAUAAAAUAUAUGCAAUCUAUGAGUUGAUAACCUAGUAUCCAGCUGGUGAGCUGCUUUCAGAAUCAGAAAGAGCUUUAUUGCCAAGUGUGCUUACACACACAAGGAAUUUGUCUUGGUAACAGAAGCUUCCAGUGCACAGACAAAAAAAGUGAGUAAAAAUAAAUGUGUAAAAGCAACACACAAUAGGCAAAGAGACCGUAAACAGUAUAUUGUAUGUACAGAUGUGCUAUAUACAAAUUAUGCAAAGGAAUGUGGAUAGAUGUAUGGAUAGAAGUAUAGAUAGUUGGGUCUUGCACAGUGGGGAGAACAUUUAACUGUUCAUGAGGUAUAUGAAACUUUUCCUAUGUCUGGCUGUUUUGGUGCUCAGUGCUCUGUAGCGCUGGUUUGUGCAUUAUAGACAUUUUUGCACGAGUAACAUAUUUGACAUACAUUUGCAAUUGUGUAAAUGGAUGUCAAAUUACCAGCUUGGAUACUAGGGACUGUAUUAGUAAAUAUAAUGCAAUCAAAUAAAACA